CACCCUCACUGUCACACACUUGAGGGUGGAGACCGUUUAUUGCACUCAGCCCUCAACAGCUCAGCCUGGUCAGUGCAUCUGUGCAUCUGCUGAUGGUCAGACGUUCGUCCUCAGUGCAGGUCAACAGCUGGAAAGAUCAUGUCUGCCUUUCUGCAUCACUGUCCAUUCCUGAAGUCCGCUCCAGGCCCAGCCCUGAGGAAUGUGGGGGGCUUUCUGGGCCUGGCUGACCGGUGCCCCAUCAUUGCCCGUCAGAUUACAGCAAAGGUCGCUCAGAGCCAGGAUGAAAAAGGUCUGCUGCCACAGAAGGAAGCAAAACGCUCCUUGGCUAUCUCAGCUGCUCAGGUGGCUGUGUCCUUGACCAAGUCCUGUCCCUUUGUAUCUUCUAAGAUUGGACUGGUUGAAGCCAGCCCACAGGUUCAGGAGGAUGUCCAGCCCCAGCUGACCAGCACUCAAGAGGAAGAAGUCGCCUCAGGAAUGAUCAGCUCUCUGUUUUCUGGCCUACAAGGACUUCGCUCAUCCACACCAUCUCACCUUCUCAAGGAUAAUAUGGUUGGUCCCAGUUUUGACUAUGAUGACUUCUUCACCCAGAAGAUCGUUGAAAAGAAGAAUGACCACACAUACCGUGUUUUCAAGACAGUGAACCGCUAUGCAGAUGUCUUCCCUUUUGCUGAGGAUUACUCUGUUCCUGGACGGCCUAUGUCCCAGGUGUCUGUCUGGUGCAGCAACGAUUACUUGGGCAUGAGUCGCCAUCCUCGAGUCGUUAAAGCUAUAUGGGACACUUUGGAAAAACAUGGUGCUGGAGCUGGUGGCACCAGGAACAUCUCUGGAACAAGCAACUACCAUGUGGCUCUCGAGAAGGAACUGGCUCUUCUUCAUCAGAAAGAUGCAGCCCUCGUCUUCUCUUCAUGCUUCGUGGCCAAUGACUCCACCCUUUUCACUCUGGCAAAAAUGCUUCCAGGCUGCGAGAUUUAUUCAGAUAUGGGGAACCAUGCCUCCAUGAUCCAGGGCAUCAGGAACAGUGGAGCCAAACGCUUCAUCUUCCGUCACAAUGAUGCUAGACACCUGGAAGAGUUGCUCAGUCGCUCUGACCCACGAACCCCAAAGAUUGUGGCCUUCGAGACAGUGCACUCUAUGGAUGGUGCUAUCUGUCCCCUGGAGGAGCUGUGUGAUGUUGCACACAAAUAUGGAGCUCUGACCUUCGUGGAUGAGGUUCAUGCAGUUGGCCUGUAUGGUGCACACGGAGCAGGAGUUGGGGAGAGAGAUGGUGUCAUGCACAAGAUUGACAUUGUUUCUGGCACGCUGGGUAAGGCAUUUGGCUGUGUUGGAGGCUACAUAGCCAGCACUGCUGCGCUGGUGGACACGGUGCGCUCCUUUGCAGCAGGCUUCAUUUUCACCACCUCAUUGCCUCCCAUGGUAUUGGCUGGAGCUGUAGAGUCUGUGAGAGUUCUGAGGAGUCCAGAGGGUCAGGCCUUGCGCAGGGCACACCAGAGGAAUGUCAAGCACAUGAGGCAGCUGCUGCUGGAUGCAGGUCUGCCUGUCAUCAACUGCCCCAGCCACAUCAUCCCCAUACGGGUUGGAAAUGCAGCAAAAAAUUCCAAGGUGUGUGACAUCCUGCUGGAUAGACACAACAUCUAUGUUCAGGCCAUAAACUAUCCGACAGUGCCACGCGGAGAAGAGCUACUGCGAUUGGCUCCCUCUCCUUUUCAUGACCCCAUCAUGAUGGACUACUUUGUGGAGAGACUGGUGGACGUAUGGCAGGAAGUUGGGCUGCCACUGAAUGGACCUGCGACGGCCUCCUGUACUUUCUGUGAUCGCCCCCUCUACUUCGACCUCAUGAGCGAGUGGGAGAAGAGUUACUUUGGAAACAUGGAGCCAAGAUAUAUUACAGUUGCUGCACAAUAAGCUCAGUGGAAGGGGACAGAGAUGUAAAAGAACAUAGAAUAAACCCUGCUUACAUAACUCCUUCAAAUACUCAGAUAUCUUCCUUUACACUGUCACACAUAUUGUUCUUUGCUGCAGAUUUAUUGUUGCUAGACUGAUUGCUGUGUGGCUUUUUAAUGGACUACAAAAAAGACUCGUAAUAAACUGACAUUAAAAUAUUUAUAUACGUAUGUAAGUAAUUCUGUGUCCCCUCUGCAUAUUAAAAACCUGCACAUGGGCACUUUUGGAAAUUAUUUAUUGAAUUAUUAUUUAUAGUCAGUUCUUUGGACACAAAUCACUUUGUAUAAAGCCUAGUAUGAAACUUCAUGUGUCCAAAAACCCCUGUCCCUCAACAUUAUUUUAAUAAUGUCAUCAAAUUAAUUUUACCCUUUACUGUAUUCAUGCAGGAGUGUGUAGAAUAAGACAGUGGGAAUUUGUGACAUAAAUCCUUCUUGCUUUCUUGGACCAUUUUACUUUCCUGGGGCCAAAUGUUAAAACAAAUAAAAUGAGACAGCACUUUUCAGUCA